UUCAGUUGAAACUUAACUUUAGAACAGUCAUGACGACUCUACUUAUUAUUCUAUGGGUGAUUCUACCAUUCUAUACGGACUGUAUAGUAUUCCCUGGACAAGAUGAAGGUCCUCUUAUUGCCGUACUGGGAUUAGAUCAAAGAAUGGAGAUCUUUGAUCCAUCUGUUGGAGUUAAUGCAACUUUUAUGGAACGAAUCAACCUAUUGGGUGGACGUUUGUCAUAUAGCAUGGAUUUCAAUUACAGAGGGAAUAGGAUUUAUUGGACGGAUAGAAGUACUAAGAAGGUGUACAGUUUAAAGGCCGAUGGUAGUGACCUGGAUCAGAAAGUUAUAUUGGAAGGUGAUUUGGCUCCAGCGAUAGGUCUGGCCUAUGAUUGGAUACAUAAUAAUUUAUACGUGUGUGAUACACUUAAUCAAAUCCUGGUAGUGAACCCAGAUACAGGUGCCCGGAAAACUUUAUUAACUGAUCUCCAUGAAAUAAGUGACGUGGAAGUCGAUCCGACAACUGGUUGGUUAUACUGGAUAGCUGGUUGGGGUGCAAAUGCUUUGUUGAUGAAGUCAACGUUAGACGGAAAGAACCAAGUUGUAAUAUCUUCUGAUUUAGACAGACCAGUGAGUUUAUCUUUAGAUUAUGAUGAACAGACAUUAUACUGGACUGAAGUGUCUCUAGUCAACCGUAUUAAAAGUAUUCGUGUUGAUGGCCAGAAUAUGACCACCAUUCACCGAACACUCGCCGGUCGUUUAUCUUCCCAACUAAAUUACUUGACUGUAUCCAGGGACUACAUCUAUUGGAACCAAGGUCUUGAAUCUAUCAGACGAGCCAAUAAACAUCAGGUUACUGAAAUUACCAGAUACAGAGACCUAGAGAGUGAUAACAUACCUACAUUGUUUAUGGGUAUUCUUGCCAUUGAUCCAAGAAAACAACCAGAAAGUCCAAGUCUGUGUGGAGAUAAUAAUGGCGGGUGUUCCCAUUUCUGUCUAACGGCAUUGAUACAAUCUACUCAGCCAUAUAACUGCGCAUGCCCAGAUGGAAUGAACUUAAUGGAUGACAACUCAACAUGUUCAGAUGAAACACUGAUUUAGCGUUAUUAAACAUACGAAGGUCUUAAGAGUGAAUUUCGAUAUGUUGAAAGUGAAUUCUGGUGAUUUUAUAUGUUUAAAAAUAAUUCAAUAUUAAACAUACAUACUUUAGACCUGAAAUGUUAUAUAAACUAUUAAGUACGCAUUAUGCAAGAGCUAAAUCUGCCUAUUCCAGUUCUUUCUUUAGGCCUGAAAUGUUAUCUAAAUUAUUAAUUAGACAUUAAUUGACAAAUCCAGACUGUAAUGAACUCUCGGUGGCAUUGCUAGCCUGCGAUAUUUAUUGGAUUACAACCCGGUCUGCUGCUGCUGAUUAAAUCAAACAAUGGAUAAUCGCGACUAAGUUGUUUAUCUUAUCGACGAAGGAGGCUAGGCCCAAAAUUCAAUCGAUCAAUUUGACUGAAAUUUUCAUCAAAUUCCCUUUACAUUAUUUAGUUUUUAACUAUUAUAGUGACAUUUUUAUAAUUGAAAUGGUUAUUAUACAUAAAAUGUACAAACAAAAUGUAACCAUUAAAGGAGCAGAAUUGCAAUUCUUUGGCACCUAGAAAUGGACAAAAAUGGAUCGCUACGCAUAUAAUAAUGUAAUAUUAAUGUAUAUAAACUGAUUUUUCAUUCAA